GCCGCCGCCGCCCAAGUUGGCGGAGCGGGACCCGCCGCCCCGCCAGUUCUGCCGGGACGCGCCGCCCCCGCGGGGCUCGGGCAACUUUCUCCGGGCGCCCGGGGCGGGCCGGGGAAGCGCGGGGGGCGCCGCGCCGUCCCGCCCCGCCCGCCAGGGUCCCGCUGGAUGUGCCGCUUCUCGCCCGGACCGAGCCGCAGCUGCAGCCGGGGGGAGGGAGAGCGCGGAGCCGCGGGACCCGCCGCCCCGCCCGGGGCCGCGCGGAGCCACCCGGAGCACCCCCGGGACAUCCCUUUGCCGUGGCUCAGGGCCGAGGUCUGCGCUGGGCACCGCAGUGAGGCGGCAGCACAGGGGGCUGUGCACCCUGGGCAGACCCCGGCCGGCUCCAGCCCCUCGGCGAGGACCAGAUGUGUUCCUGAGCCUGGCCAGGCCCCGCCGCGACAUGUUCAACCCCGUCAGCCCCCCGGCCACCGGCUAUGCUGAGCACUGCUGCCUGCGCCCCCCCCACGGACCAGCCCCGGGUGCCCCAGGGCCACAAGGACUUGACUUUCCCUUAUGCCAUCAGUCAAACCUCAUGAGCGGUCACCGUGGUUAUGGGUUGGUGCCAGGAACUGAGCACCCAGGCAGUGGUGACGGCUCACGGUUCUCAACGCCCCGUGGUGCAGGCAAACUGGGCAAAAAGCGGGCACUGUCCAUCUCACCCCUGUCAGACUCCAGCAUUGACCUGCAGACGGUAAUCCGCACCUCACCCAACUCCCUCGUUGCCUUCAUCAACUCCCGCUGUGCCUCUGCCAGUGGCUCCUAUGGCCACCUCUCCAUCAGCACCAUCAGUCCAUCACUGGGAUUCCAGAGUCCAUCAGGUCAGCAGAAGGGCCAAGGCCACCUGUACAGCCACACACCCCCCCCACCACCACCAUGUAGCUCCCAUGAGCACCUGUCCACCCGCCCAGGGCUCCGCCACCAUGCCCCAGCUUGUGGGACCCUCAAACACUGCCAGCAGCUGAAGUUGGAGUGGAGCCUGAGCAGCCCUCUGACUGUCAAAUACCCAGAGAAGAGGUCCGAGGGCGAUAUCUCCAGCCCAGCUUCCACAGGCACCCAGGACCCCUUGCUGGGGAUGCUCGAUGUUCGGGAAGAUCUGGAGAAGGAGGACGGGAAACCUGAGUCUGAGACCGUGUAUGAAACGAAUUGCUACUGGGACGGCUGUGCUAAGGAGUUUGAUACGCAGGAGCAGCUGGUGCAUCACAUCAACAAUGAGCAUAUCCAUGGGGAGAAGAAGGAGUUUGUGUGCCACUGGGCAGCAUGUUCCCGAGAGCAGAGGCCCUUCAAGGCUCAGUACAUGUUGGUGGUGCACAUGCGACGUCACACAGGCGAGAAACCCCACAAAUGCACGUUCGAAGGCUGUAACAAAGCCUACUCACGCCUGGAGAACCUCAAGACACAUCUGCGCUCACACACGGGUGAAAAACCCUACGUGUGUGAACACGAGGGUUGCAACAAGGCCUUCUCCAAUGCUUCUGACCGGGCCAAGCAUCAAAACCGCACUCACUCCAAUGAGAAGCCCUAUGUGUGCAAGAUUCCAGGCUGCACCAAGCGCUACACAGACCCCAGUUCCCUGCGCAAACACGUGAAGACGGUGCACGGCCCUGAUGCCCAUGUCACCAAGAAGCACCGGGGGGAUGUGGUGCCAGGCCGUGCACUGCCCACCCCCAGUGGCCCCCUAGACAUGAAGCAGGAGAAAGACACAAAUGGCCCCAUGGAUGCCCGGAAGGAUGACGGCAAGCUCUUGGUGCCCGACUUGGCCUUGAAGCCGCAGCCCAGCCCAGGUGGGCAGUCGUCCUGCAGCAGUGACCACUCCCCACUUGGCAGCACCACCAACAAUGACAGUGGAGUGGAGAUGGCGGGUAACGCAGGUGGGAGCUACGAGGAUCUGUCCACACUGGAGGAUGUGGUGCCCGGUGAGCCUAUGGGCACCUCGGGUCUCAUGGCCCUCCACAAGCUAGAAAAUCUUCGCAUUGAUAAACUGAAGCAGAUGAGGAAGCCAUCGGCUACCAAGGGCCUGAAUUUGCCAGCCAUCCCUGGAGCCGGCCUGCCUGGGGAGGUGCCUGGGAUCCCCCUGCCACCGCCAGCUGCCUCGCACCGGCGCAUUGCGGAGCUGUCAGCAGCAGAGACGGGCAUGCCACUGAACGAGCGCCGAAGCAGUGCCACCAGUACUAUAAGCUCAGCCUACACUGUGAGCCGGCGCUCAUCCCUGGUGUCCCCGUACCUGGCUGGGCCAUGCCUGGGUGGUGAGGCAGGGGCAGUGCCUGGCGCGGCAAGCCUGGCAGACGGCUAUGACCCCAUCUCUCCGGACGAGUCGCGACGCUCCAGUGAUGCCAGCCACUCCGGAGGGCUGCCAGGUGUGGGCAGCCUUACCCCAGCCCAGCGCUACUGUCUCAAGGCCAAAUACGCUGCAGCCACAGGUGGCCCACCCCCAACCCCACUGCCCAGCGUGGAGCGGGUGGGCAUGGGUGGCCACGGCAGCUUACCUGGGGACUACCUUGGGCCAGUCAAACCCCGCUUCCUUGCAAAUGGUUUGCUGCGAAGGCACAGUUCCAAUGACUACACGGGCUAUGCAGGCAGCAUUCCCCCUCACCUCGUGCCCCGGAAUGGUGUGCGGCGGGCCAGCGAUCCUGCCCGGACUGCAGCCAACCCUCAUGCUGUGCCCAAGGUGCAUCGUUUUAAGAGCAUGGGUAACGUGAAUGUGCCAGGAGCAGGCAGAACUGCUCUGCAGCCCUUGGGUGGUUCUGAUGCUAACCUUCAGCACCAUGUCUUCUCCUCGCGCCCACCCAGCAUCAGUGAAAAUGUCUUCCUGGAGAGCGUGAGCAUAGAAGGCCCUGGUGCAGGCGUGGAGUCUGGCUUGCUAGAGAUGGAACAGUACUUGAACUACCCUGAGGAAAGCUUCCCUUGCCAGGGGACCGGUGUGGAGCUGCAAUGUGAAGGCCUCUAUAGCAGUGCUCACCAGACCACAGCGGGUAUGCAGCUGAACACAGGAGGGCAUGGGGACAUGGAGGAGGGGUUGCUUCAGUCCGAGUUCUCCCUCCCUCAGUGCCAGAUGAACCAGCACUUCACAAGUAUGCAUGCUGGCAACGGGACUAUGCCAGCUCCUUGGGAUGAACCUCCCCAAAGCAAUCUGGAGAUGAGUUCUGGGCAGCCAAGUGUCAGUGCUUCUGCUGCUGCCAUGUCGGGGCCACACUGUCACCAUCAAAGUACUGACUACCCACUACCCAGUUCUUGUGGGCACCAACCCAAACUUGUGAGCUCGUGCCAGGACGGUGGGUUUUCUGGGGGGCACUGGCUUAACCGACUACAGAUCAAAUCUGAGCAGCAUUACCCAGUACCUGCCCCAGCACUUGCUCCCUGCCAGAAUGCCAAGCUUGCUGGGCCCGUGCAGUGUCCUGCAUCAUUCGGCCAAGCCAUGAAUGUAGGGUCUGGUGGCUACCAGUCUGAGGAACAGGCACCUGUUAGUUACAUGGGCAUGUUGAGCCCGGGCACUAGAAGAGCCCAGACCCCCACCAUGCAGACCAAAGAAGUGAUGGUCCGUAGCUAUGUGCAGGCCCAGCAGGCUUUGAUGUGGGGAGACCAACUAACCUCCAAGGGAGGGGAGGCUGGCAUGGGGCUGGGCAGUGAACCUGGGCAGUGCCAAGCUGUGCAGGCACCACUGUAUCUCAGCCCCAAAUACUCUGGUUACCAAACCAAACCAGAUCACCCGCAGGGUCUGGCAGAGACCCAGCACCUCCUAAACGCCCCAUGCUUCAACCCAGAGAUGGUGCCUCACCCACCUGGUGGCCCUAAACCACCUGGUCACCAAAACAGUCUGAACUAUGUGGGCAACCUGGCUCAGCCAAGUCAUUCCUACGAGGGAGUGGAAGCCAGCUCCCGGCGCGUGCUUCGCUUGCCCCCUGCCCGUCCCACACCUGAGGGGCCCAGUAAUGCCCUGCUGUGUUACCCAGGCCAGAGCAUGCAUUUGCAGGUGGGCAAAGGUGGGCAUAAGCUGCUGGGCCAAAUGGCGGCAAGCUGUGGGGGUCCCGGGCAUUAUGGUGGGAGCUUGGAAGGACUCAAAGGCAGCUCAUAUUGCUACCUGGAUUCAGGGGAGCAGGUGGCCAACAGCCUGGACUCCUUGGACUUGGAGAAUACGCACCUUGACUUUGCUGCCAUUGUGGAAGAUCCAGAGACACCUGCGCUGCUGCCUGGGCCCGCAAGCCCUGCUGGUGGCCUCCUGCUUCCUGCAUCUGGUGGUGCCAACAUGGCUGUGGGUGACAUGAGCUCCAUGUUGAGCACUCUGGCAGGGGAGAGCCAUUUCCUCAACUCCCUGUCAUAACUAGGAGGUACCAGCCUAAGGUGGGCAUGUCAGCAACUGGGGGGGGCAAACCACAUCUGGGCAGAGGUGUGAAAUCCCUUCACAUGCAGAGUUAUGCCUGGUGCAGGGGAGGAAGUUGGGGAGAAACACCCUGGAGUCUCCCCUUCUCCAGUCUGUGUCAGGUUCCUUCAGGGGAGAGACCUUGCUAGGUCCCAGACAGCCACAACCCUGAUCAGGCACUUCAGGUCACCUCUUGUGGGGGGAACUGGUUUUACUGAGCCCUUCCACUCCAGUGCCUGGAACCUCUCCCUGCCUCAUGUGGCCCUCGGCCCUCUGGACAGGGCGGCGCUGCACAGUCUUAAAUGGCGAAACCAAAGAGUUCCACCCUCCCCAAUCCCGUGGGCAGGCCCCAUCCCUUGGUUGCCACUCUCCCCCUAGUCCCAGUCUCUGUCAGGACUGCAAUCACUCCUUGCUUGGCAAGCUCCCCCCCUCCCCCAUCUUGCUCAAGGAGGAUGAAGGGGGAGGCAAUUCUCCACCACAGGGAUGCUGGCAGGGGGCUUGGGGUGCCUGGCACUGCUCGUGUCACUCUGUACAUAGUGUGCAUAUGUGUAUGUCUUCCCUGUGGGUGUUGCCCCAGCUUUUCUUUUGUUGGAAAGAAACAGCAGUGCCUCCCCUCCCCAUUAAACCCUUUCUCAGGGGAGUGUGAGCUGUGCGGUUUUUUAUCCCUGCAGAUGGGCUCCAAGCUGCACCCUUGUGCCAGGAGCUGUACAGCCCCCUCCCCUGCCCCCUCUCUCGUUCCCUCAUCUGGUACCAAGAUCCACUUAUGCCUGGCCCUGCAGAAGCACCCCGUCGUUGGGUUGGCAACCCAUCCAUAGCACAUACUGCAUAGGCAGCCACGUUGCUCCCAUGGCAGGGGUUGGUGGAGGUCAGGGCAGUGCAGUCACUGUAUGGCAGACCUGGCAGCACUGAACAAAAGCGCUGGCAGAAGCACAGCGAGACCCAGGUGCACGCGGAGGCAUAGUCUCAAGGUAUGGCAUAAUCUUAAGGUAUGGCUCACUGGCUCUGGGGCUAUGCUUGGAACUGGUGCUUUUCUCUCAGACCAUCUUGGCAUCUCUGGGAGCUACUCCAGGCUUUUCCUUGGGCAUUGAGGCACCCCCUUGGUACCUCUAGGGCUGCCCUGAGUGCUGAGGGUUCUUGGUAGGGUCUCUGGGGCUGUUGACUGUUUCUGAGCGCUUGUCUUCCUGCUUCUACAGUGUCCUCAGUUCAGCACUGGGCAUUUCAAACCUAUACAUCUAUACAUUGGAUGGUGUAGGGCAUUGUGGUGUCUCUGGGGAUGCUCCAGGGCUCUUUCUAGGCUUAGUACAUUGCUGGGGCUGUUCUCCAGGCCUCUGAGUGGAUGGCUGGGCUGCUCCAGACAUGCUGGGGUGUUCCCAGUUACUCCAGGGCUCCUGCAGUUUGUCUGGGCUUUCCCAAAACCUCCGAGUCAUGCUCAAGAGCAUCUUUCCUGGUUCCUGGGCCAGUUCUCAGACUGACUGGGUUUCCUGCAGGGUCUGAAGAUGUCCUGUCGGUGUCUCAGGGGCUUUCCGGGACUUUGCUGCCAGGGUGGGUCCUCGGGGGCUGCGGGCUCUGGGCCCUUCCCGACCGCGGGGGGCUUCCUCGGGGUGGCCAGGGGCGCCCAGCCUGCAGGGUCACACUUCAGACCCGCGGGGAGUGCUCGGGGGCUCCAGGGUUUCCCCCCAACCCUGUGGCCUGCGGGUCCGUUUCCCGGGGGGUUACGAGCAUCCCUGCGCACCCUCCCGGGCCCACACCGGGAACCGGAGUUUCCAUGGCGACGGCUCGGCGUCAGCCCGCAGCAAGCAGACGGCCAGAGCCCCGCCGGGGGGGCUGCCUGGGUCUACAGCCCGCAGCCCCGUGCCCAGCCCACAGUCCCCUGCUCAGCCCGCAACACCG